AUGAAGUUCUCCGCCGUGGCCAUUGCUCUCGCCGGCCUUGCCGUUGCGCAGACCGAUCUCCCGGCAUGCGCUCAAGACUGCACCAACCAAUACACAUCCGGCAAUGCGAUCGCCGGCUGCAGCAAUCUCGACAUCAAGUGCAUCUGCUCCAACUCGGGCUUCCUCGACGGCAUCGCUUGCUGUCUCACCAAGGCCUGCCCUCCGGCCGAUCAGGAGACCGCCGUCAAGUUCGCCAAAAACAUCUGCACCGGUGCCGGCGUCGCUGUGCCCGACCAGGUCGUCUGCAAGAGCGCCAACGCGUCGGCGUCGGCAUCCGGCUCGCAGACCACUCCUAGUGCCACGCAGACCGGCACGGCUGCAUCCGCCACCAACACAUCGAACGCCGCGGCAACGAUGGGACCGGUUGCCCUGUUGGGAGGUCUUGUUGCUGCUUUGUUUGCCUUGUAG